UAAAGCGUUGCCGGACUGUCUGUCUUUUACGAAUACAUUUUAAAAGAAAUCUGAAACCUUAAAGGUAUUUUUAAGGAACGAAUUCUUAUUCAUGAUGGAUAACUACGACGAAUCCGAUAUGGUUUAUUGCCCGUACAACAAGGAGCACAAAAUGCUGCGCAAGAAGCUCCAGCAGCACAUUCUGAAAUGCCGUGUGAUCUACAAGGACACGGUGGAACUAAUGGUUUGCCCAUUUAAUAAAUCGCAUUUGAUACCAGAGCCCCAGUUCUUUCAACACACCAAAUCGUGCGAGGAUCGAAAUAUUAUAGUGCACUAUCAGACCAGCGCGCCUUCUGUUAUCAACGAAGACACCAGGCACCCCAAGAUCGAGUCCGAAGAGAACUGGGACGACGACGACCGUGUGCCCGAUUACGAUCCUCAGGUCUAUUGCUCCACGGCCAACAUAGUGAGGGAGCCCAAUGGGUUGUUUCCUGCCCAGCGAAAGGCUUUCAUCGAGCAGGAGAAGCGUCGUCACUUUGGCGAGGAUUACGAGGAGGAGAAGAAGCCGCCAAAGGCCAAGUCUCGCGCGGAUCCUCGUCCCACUCCCUACGAGUCCAGUAGACGCCAGCAAUUUUAGUCAAUCAAGAAUUGCUCCCAGUGCCAAAGAACAGAAACCAAAAUAUUUUAUCGAGGCUUUUCGACCUCGUUAUUAUAACCAACAAAAAUUCAUGGCCAAAGUGUUGAAUUACCAAUUUAACAUGUGCUGUGACACAAGUAUUUCUCGCAGCUCAGAUGAGCACGCGACAAAGAUCGCCGAUCUAUGAUAAUAAUCUGAGAUAAAUAAAUAACAUAUAUAUCCUAAA